UGGCGGGUGGAGUACUGGGCGCAGUACUUCAACGUGGACUCGAGCGAUGUGGUGCAGCGGGCGUGGCUGGCGGUGGUUCCAAAGGACAGCUUCCUGGAUGUGUACAAUGCGAAUCCUGACCUGUGGGGCACGUUUUGGAUUCCGACGUCGGCGGUGUUUUUCAUAUUCGUGACGUCGUCCCUGUCGCAGAGCAUAGCAGAGAUCCUGGCGGGCGGUUCGCGCGAGUACGACUUUUCGAUGCUGACGUCGGCGGCCCUGGCGGUGUACAUGUAUGUACUGGCGGUGGGCGCGUUUGUGUAUGGCGCGACCAAGUAUUUUGGCAGCCAGCCGGGCCUGCUCGAGUGUCUGAGCGUGUACGGGUAUGCGAUGGCGGUGUGGAUUCCGGCCGCCAUCCUGUGUGUGCUGCCCAUUGACUGGUUCCGCUGGGCGGUGGUUGCCGUGGGCUUUGCGUCGUCGGGCCUGUUCAUCAUGCGGUCGGUUAACCAGAUCGUCGGCAGGUCCAACGGCAAGCUGCACAAGGCCAUCAUCCCGCUGCUGUUUGUUGCCCAUGCCCUGCUGGUCGUUGUCUUCAAGCUCAGGUUCUUUAGCUACUCUGUCGCCACCGUCCCGACGUCACCGCCCCAGACCACUCCGACUCCCACACCAACCCCCACUCCCACUGCUUAA